AACCAGCUCUGCGUUCAGACAGCGUGGGGAGCAGGCUGGAAGCUCUCAGUCUGUUUCUGACUGAAGUAAAGUAGAGGUCAGUGUGGAGGAGCGUGUCUCCUCAACUGAACAGAGCUGUAUAGAGGAUUUAUACACACCGUGGUGCUGCUGUCUGCUCUCUGCUGAGUGUUGGACAGCAGUAUCCGGGCAGAUAGUGAAGUUUUUCAGCAUGGCUGGAGGAUUGUUUACCCCUCUUCUCUUCAGGGACGCUCUUCGGGUGAUAAGGUUAUUUUGUCGUCGGCUUCACUGUGAAUCACAACCCGAUACGAAGCGCUUUAUCACAGAAAACACGGAGAUAGUCCAAGGCCGAAGUUUAACCCCAGAGAUCUCGUUAAGACUCUUUACUCCAAAGUGCAGGUUUUGGACGGAAAGACCAGAACUCUGGCCUUUUCCUGAGCCUUUCUGGGCUAUAUACUGGCCGGGAGGACAAGCGCUCGCCAGGUAUCUCCUAAACAAUCCUGCAGUAUCUAAAGGUAAAAGAGUCCUGGAUCUGGGUUGUGGCUGUGGAGCAUCAGCUAUUGCUGCCAGACUCAGUGGGGCUGAAGAUGUAGUGGCCAAUGACAUAGAUCCAGUUGCUGUGAUUGCCACCCAGAUAAACUGUGAACUGAAUGGUUUGGAGCCACUAUCUUGUGUGACUGAGAACAUGAUCUGUUCAGAACCAGACAACUGGGACCUCAUCCUGUUGGGAGACAUGUUCUAUGAUGAGAGUCUGGCAGAUUGUUUACAUAAAUGGCUUCACACAUGCAUUAAAGUACAUGGAACACAGGUCCUUAUUGGAGACCCGGGACGAGCACAGUUUGAGAGCCACAGCAUUAAGAAACUGUUGCAUAAACAAGCUCGGUUUGAGUUGCCUGACUCCGUCAAAGAGGAGAACUAUGGACUAACAAGUAGCACAGUGUGGAGUUACAGACCUGACUGAUGUGUAAAGUUUAGUUGGAUUGCAUUUGGUGGAAGGGUGGCUGUCGUGAUGGUGUGUCCAUUAAAACACAGGAGGAUGAACAGAACUUCAACUGAUGCAGUUUAUUCUCAGAGUCACAGCAUAUUUCACGAUGAGGCAGAGCAGGUGUAUGAAUGGACAGUUAAUGCAUGGCUGAGGAAAGGAUGGAUGGAGGAAGGAAGAUGAUGUAGGGAGACAUAGGGUGAAUGGAGAGAUUAUACAGGAUGGUUGUAUCUACAGGAUGGAUACACAGGAUGGAUGGUUUUAUCUACAAAUAAACAAAAUACAAGGAUCAGUAAAACAAUACAAAUAGUGCAACAAAAGGAACAAACCAAGUGAGCAAACAAUAAACCCAAUCACAAUCAAAUUGGACAAGUUAACAUAAAUGAAUUAAGUAAUAAAUCAGAAAACUUACACAAACACACAUCCAUUGGAAGCUCAGUCCACAAUCCAAAAGAGGUUCAAAUCCUCAGACCAUGCCAAACAAAGAAAUAAUAAAAUGGCCGACAGUGCCAUUUUAACCUCUAAGCCCCGCCUUAUCCUGCUGCAAAGAAUUAUGGUCUAUGUAGUUUACCUGCUCCCAGGGAAUUUCCAACAGAUGGGUACUCACGGGUAAAUUGCUUCUUUAGACUCUCAACAACAUUAAAGCUUCAGUACUUUGUACAAAAGUUUUUUCUACCUGUGUUGUGAUUUGCUUUAAUAUAAUCAAUGUCUCAGACAUAUAAAAUAUAGCCAGCAGCUUAAUUCAUAUAACCAAGGCAUUAAUACACAGCUAAAAGCACACAUAUACAUAGAUACACAUAUAAGCUUCAGCUUCUAUUCAGUUACUCAUUUGAUCAUUUAUAUUCAUACAUUUCAUAUGACCUACAAGUCAUGUGAUGGAAGGUGUUUAUUGAAAUGAUUCAUAAUCAAUGACGUGUGAUGAUUCAUAAACAAUGACGACUAUUAAUGAUAUUACUUUUUGUUCUAUGCGAUGAUAAUGUGUACUGUGAACAUUCUACCCUCAGUGAGCUUUUUUGAAAUGCUGAGUAAGAGUUUUCUCUAUCUGGCUAUGUGUAUGUGUUAAGGAAUGCACGUCACAGUUGUUCUACAAAUUCUGGCGCCAGGGUCAUCUUCCUUUCUGCUUGCAAUGUUUUGAGAACCAGCCUGAUAUGCUCACUAAGGGAUUAUGUCAUAUCACAUGUCAGAAGAAGUUGACGUGUCACAAUGGUGGCACUGUGCCCAUAAUUGGGAAGUAAGGGAUGGGAGGAUCUAAAAGGUAUAAAGAGAGCUUGGCACCUCUUGCAAGGGAGGAGUUCACUCUGUAUUCAUUACGUGUGUCUUCUCAAUAAAUCUUGUUACUCAUUCUGAUCAAGACUCAGAGACUCUGAAAAUUUCUUUCUUCCUGUCAUUAUUUUCCACCACAAUUUGGCGUCACGGAACAGGAUGAGCAUGGUCUUGCGGCGGAGGGGGAGAGACUAGCACCUGCCGAGGACGCUCUCCAGCAAAA